AAAAAAAGAUAGCAGCUUUUAGCCAUUUCCGAGGCUGUCUAGAGCUUUACGAUGAAACCCAUUUGUUCCUUCUCUUCAGCUUUCCACACAUACCAAAUGAUUCCAGUUAUGUCCGCUAACAGCUGCAAAGAACACAACCAUCGAUCGUUGUGUUCCUCUGACCCAAUAAGCUGAAGUAGUUUUGUCCAUUUGUGACGAAAUGCAGAGAUUCUAUUUCUUGAUUGCAAGGUUUGGUAAUGGAAACCAUUACCAUACUUGUAUCUGUUUCAUGGGUUUAAAAUAGUCUCCGAAAUUAGGCCUUACCGUUAAUUCCUCCUAAAUAGGAGGACCAUCUCUGUCAUAUAAAAGAGGAAACAAUUACGAAAAUGGAGAGAGAGGGAGAGAGAGAUUCAGAUGUUGCAAGAACAACCCUCCUCAAAUCCAAUCCAGAUCUCCGACGAGGACGACAGUGACGAUGAUGAUAUCAGGUACACGAGCCUGAGAGAUGUAAUCUCAAGAUCCUCUGUAUCGUUUCUCCACCAACGAAACUCUUCUCUUGAAGGAUUGUUUCCUCCGGAGAUGAUGGAUUAUUCGAACAUCGCCAUUAGAAACGAGCUCGUGAAACGAGCGGCUUCAGUCUACCUUAACUCCUCGAUGGUUGUCGUCGUCCCCGACCUCAACUGGUUCCAGAGACUGUCUUUGAAGGCCAAGCAUUUGGUCUUCGUCGCCGUCGCUUGUCUCCGACCAGCUUACCGGCUUUUUGCUCGUAUAGUCAUCGAUGUUUCCAGAAGAAUGAUUCGUUUUUCAUAGUUUUUCCUCUCUUUUUUUUUUCUCGUUUUUGUAAAUAUGCUCGGUAAAAAAAAUAUGUCAAGAAAUUGUAUUUCUCUCUUCGGUAAUUCGCAGUAGUUACUUACAUUCUGGUUCCGUGAAUUAUAUAAUAUGAUAUGUGAUUUCUUUUUUCA